AUGAUGUGGUCCAUGCAACUCUGUUUGCUUCUGGGCUUCAUAAAUGUCACUACUGGAAUCAGAUUGGUCAAUGGAAGCUCUUGUUCUGGACGUGUGGAGGUUCUUCACAAUGGAACAUGGGGAACAGUGUGUGAUGAUGGCUGGGAUCUGACAGACGCUGCAGUGGUGUGUAGAGAGAUUGGAUGUGGGGAUGUGAUCGAGGCGAAGAGUUAUGCUUAUUUUGGACAAGGAUCAGGCCAAAUAUGGCUGGAUAAUGUAAACUGCACUGGCACGGAGUCGUCACUGAAGAACUGCAGGGCACAUGAAUGGGGAAAACAUAACUGUGGACAUCAUGAAGAUGCUGGAGUCAUCUGCAACAGUGAGUUUCCAGAUGAAAUCAGACUGAUGAAUGGCACUGACUCUUGUUCUGGACGAGUGGAGGUUCUUUAUAAUGGAGCAUGGGGAACAGUGUGUGAUGAUGGCUGGGAUCUGACAGACGGUUCAGUGGUGUGUAGAGAGAUGGGAUGUGGGGAUGUGAUCGAGGCUAAGAGCACUGCUUCUUUUGGCCAAGGAUCAGGAACGAUAUGGAUGGAUGAUGUAAAAUGUGCUGGGAAUGAAUCUACACUGAAAAGCUGCUCUUCAAAUGGAUGGGGAAUACACAACUGUAGCCAUCAAAAAGAUGCUGGAGUCAUCUGCCAGUUAACUGUCAGGUUGGUAAAUGGUGACAACUCCUGUUCUGGACGAGUGGAGCUUCUUCGUGACGGUCAGUGGAAAACAGUGUGUGAUGAUGGCUGGGAUCAAUCAGAUGCUAUAGUGGUGUGUAGAGAACUGGGCUGUGGGAGUGUCGUAGGGCCAAGUCGUGCUUAUUUUGGCCAGGAAUCAGGAAUAGUGUGGAUGAAUACUGUACAAUGUACUGGGACAGAAUCUACUUUGAAGAGCUGCAUAUCACAUGAAAUUACCUCCUGUAGUAGUAAUAAAGGUGCUGGAGUCAUCUGUCAGCGUGAGUCACAAAACUGUAAACAAGUCAACAGCAGUCUUUCAUGUUCGGGAAGAGUGGAGGUCCGCCACAAUGGAAUAUGGGGAACAGUGUGUGAUGAUGGCUGGAAUCUGACAGACGCUGCAGUAGUGUGUAGAGAGAUGGGAUGUGGGGAUGUGAUCGAGGCAAAGAGUGCAGCUUAUUUUGGACAAGGAUCAGGACCAGUAUGGAUGAAAAAUGUGAGAUGUAAUGGAACAGAGUCUACACUGAAGAACUGUGUUUUAAGUGGAAGAUUUCAACAAAACUGCAGCCAUGAAAAAGAUGCUGGUGUCAUCUGUAGACCCAAAGUACGACUGCAGAAUGGUUUCAACUCUUGUUCUGGACGAGUGGAGGUUCUUCACAAUGGAGCAUGGGGAACAGUGUGUGAUGAUGGCUGGGGUCUGACAGAUGCUUCAGUGGUGUGUAGAGAGAUUGGAUGUGGGGAUGCUAUAGAGGCAAGAAAAGGUGCUUUUUUUGGCAACGGCUCAGGACCAAUAUGGAUGAAUAAUGUCAAUUGUUAUGGGAAUGAGCAAACUCUAAAGAGAUGUAGAUCUUCUGGAUGGGACGUACAGAACUGCAGUCAUUAUAAAGAUGCUGGAGUCAUCUGCCAAUACAGCUAUACCUUUAUCAAUGAUUCAAAAAGCUGGAUUGAUGCAUUGGGAUAUUGCAGAACUCACUACCAGACACUGGCGCACAUUUUAAAUGCCACGGCACAGAAGUACAUCACACAGAUGCUGCAGGAUAAAGCAAUCACUGAUGGAGUGUGGAUCGGGCUUGAGCGGAGUAUGCUCUUCAGCUGUUCACCCUGGCUGUGGACCAGUGGGCCGUAUGUGGAGUAUGCACCGUGGCAUCAAGAGUUUCCAAAGGACCCAGCGAGCAUGUUUUGUGGAAAACUUCUCAAGGAAGAACAGAACGGGUUUGGAUGGACGGAUGCUUGCUGCCAUGAGCGCCUACCUUUCAUCUGUCAGGUCAGUUUCUCGUCCUGGUUUAAUGAAAUCAGCUUUCUGAUUGCAUGCAGUCUUGUGUUUUUUGAAUUCUUGAGUGUGAAAGAGUCUGCAAGCGUCUAA